AUGCCGUCUCUUCUCGGUUGGUCACUUGCACUCUCGACUGGCGUCGCAUAUGCCAUUUAUCACUCCCACAAGUCACUAGGAAACCGGGUUCAGCAUGGAAACCAGAAGGGAACACUUCCCCGAGACCUUAGAAACACUAUGACCUCGAUUCCAGAGGCGGUCUUCUCCGAUGAAUACCGCGCAUUUCACGACCGCGCCUCCAGCCGCGUACCUCGUCAUCUUCUUCCAGCGCAGGAUCUUUCCGAAUUGUUCACCCUGCUGCAGCGUCGUAAUAUGAUGGUAUUUAACUAUUUCCCGCAGGCGUAUCUCCUGUGUCUUAUGGCACCGCCUGAGAGGAAGAAGACAUUCGCGGCAUCGCACAUCCAAUCUCUCGACUUCAAGGAGGGAGACAUCGUGAACGGGAUGUACCAGGUGUGUGAACGAGAAAAAGACAAGGUUGUGUAUGCGAUGGAAGGCGGCGGGAAGUUCAGCGGGCGAUUGUCUGUACGGUACUGGGAGGAAGGAGACGAGGUUGUCUAUUGCACUGAGACCGCAAUGUGGACAAAAGCAACCGGUGACAAUGGCAGAACAGUGCAAAUGCCCCUGGAACAGCCUGCAUUCCGGUUCUUGCAUGAGUUAGCGGCAUGGUGGUUGUUGGACUCGGGGACUGGGUAUUUGAAGGGACUGGCCAGGGGAACUUCCGCGGAUGUUAAAGAGAAAUAG